AUGUCGUCUCAGGCGGAUAAGAGCUCAGCGAAAUUAACUCCGGCGACCACAUCACCGCCGUAUUUCUGGGGUGAUAGGCCGGAGGAAGAGUACUACACAUCUCAAGGUGUUCGUAACACAAAAUCUUACUUCGAAACACCAAACGGUAAGCUCUUCACACAGAGCUUUCUUCCUUUAGAUGGUGAAAUCAAAGGAACUGUGUUCAUGUCUCAUGGUUACGGAUCCGACACGAGCUGGAUGUUUCAGAAGAUCUGUAUUAACUUUUCUACUUGGGGUUAUGCUGUUUUCGCCGCCGAUCUGUACGGUCAUGGUCGUUCCGAUGGAAUCCGCUGCUACAUGGGUGAUAUGGAGAAAGUUGCAGCAACAUCAUUGGCAUUCUUCAAGCAUGUUCGUUUAAGUGAUGAGUAUAAGAAUCUACCGGCUUUUCUCUUUGGUGAAUCGAUGGGAGGUCUUGUUACGCUGCUCAUGUAUUUUCAAUCCGAACCUGAUCUUUGGACUGGUUUGAUCUUUUCGGCUCCUCUCUUUGUUAUCCCUGAGGAUAUGAAACCAAGCAAGCCUCAUCUUUUUGCAUACGGUCUUCUCUUUGGUUUGGCUGAUACGUGGGCAGUAUUGCCUGAUAAUAAGAUGAUUGGGAAGGCUAUCAGGGACCCGGAAAAGCUCAAGAUCAUCGCAUUAAACCCGAAUCGAUACACAGGGAAGCCUAGAGUGGGAACAAUGAGAGAGUUAUUGAGGAAGACUCAAUACGCGCAGGAGAAUUUCGGGAGAGUAACUAUUCCGGUACUGACAGUUCACGGGACAUCGGAUGGAGUAACAUGCCCUUCAUCAUCAAAACUACUAUACGAAAAGGCAUCGAGCGCUGAUAAAACAUUGAAGCUCUACGACGGAAUGUAUCAUUCACUAAUUCAAGGAGAACCCGAUGAGGCCGCUGAGAUUGUGUUGAAAGAUAUGAGAGAGUGGAUCGACGAAAGGGUUAAGAGGUAUGGAUCUAAAACCGCUUGA